GGUGCUAAAACAGGAAGAAGAGCUGCAGCCCUUGCUGCCACUCCUGCUCCUGCUCUAGAAGAAGAAGAACUUACUUCUGUGCCAUCGACUAAGAAAAAUUCUGAUGGUCCGCCAGAUAGACCGACCAAAGCCGUCUCAGGCUGGGGGGAAGAGGCCCCAGCAAGAAAACCCCGAACUCGACAACUUGGUGAAGGAUUCGAAACUUUAGAGGAUUUGCAAAAGCCAGACUCUCAAAGACCUGCCCCCAGAACAAAACAAUCUUUUUUCGAUGAGGAUGAUGAUGACGAUGACAACAUCUUCCGUGAAAGGCUGAAACAGGGUAGCCCGGACAGGGACAGUGAUUCUGACAAUGACAUUCCAGUCAUCCCAGAACUGGAGGAACAGACAGAAGAGGACUUGACCUCAAAAGUUGCAUCAGCUCCCAACGUUGCUGUUAACCGAGUGGCAACCUACAGAGAGCUAGACAAUGAUCUUCUCAAACAGGCUGCUUUCCUUACUCUGGACAAUGAGGUUGAUCUCAAACUACUGACCAAGACUCUGUCUCCUUUGGAUGACCUGAUUGAGGAUGACAAGCCUUGGGACUGGGACCGACUCUUCACAGAAGUCUCAUCAGAAUUGAGGACAGAAUGGGAGAAAACAAGACCGGGUGAAGAGGAAGUGGAAGCUGAACAAUAGGAAUGUUUCGUUUUGGUUUUUUUUUAGAAACUGUUCUAUUUAAAGGGAAAUGUGAGGGUUUACAUUCCAUCGAAACAAAUUUCCCUAUAAUUUCAGGUCAUCAGUGUCCGUCCACUUGAUCAUGUUUAAAGCGUAUCACUUUUGUAUAUGUCGGUUGUGAUUUCUUGUUUGUGCUUAAUGUGUAAAUAAAUCAUUUCUUACUUUA